GCCGCGUCCGGGAGAACCACUUCCACUUCCCAGCCCCAGAGGCUCCCGUGGGCACGAUCGUGAGCCGACGGGUUCCCGAGCUCCCUCCUAGCCUGGCAGGGCUUCUCUCCGCGUUCCCGACGAACCUGGCCAGGUGGUUGGACGAACAAAGCGCACGGUCCCCAAACAGUGCAGUAGGCGGCGGCCCCAACCCAGCAGAAGUGGACAUGAGGUUGGCAGGCCCCCUCCGCAUUGUGGCCCUGGUCGUCACCGUGGGCCUCACAUGGAUCGUAGUCAGCAUCCUCCUGGGUGGGCCCGGCAGUGGCUUUCCUCGCAUCCAGCAACUCUUCACCAGCCCAGAGAACUCAGCGACUGCAGAGCCACGGGCCAGGAAGUACAAGUGCGGCCUGCCCCAGCCGUGUCCUGAGGAGCACCUGGCCUUCCGCAUGGUCAGCGGGGCUGCCAAUGUCAUUGGACCCAAGAUCUGCCUCGAGGACAAGAUGCUCAUGAGCAGUGUCAAGGACAACGUGGGCCGGGGACUGAACAUUGCCCUGGUGAACGGGGUCAGCGGUGAGCUCAUCGAGGCCCGGGCCUUCGACAUGUGGGCAGGAGAUGUCAACGAUCUGCUGAAGUUUAUUCGGCCACUGCAUGAAGGCACACUGGUGUUCGUGGCAUCCUAUGAUGACCCAGCCACCAAGAUGAAUGAAGAGACCAGGAAGCUUUUCAGCGAUCUGGGCAGCAAGAACGUCAAGGAUCUUGCCUUCCGAGACAGCUGGGUGUUUGUGGGGGCCAAGGGCGUGCAGAACAAGAGCCCCUUUGAGCAGCACGUGAAGAACAGUAAGCACACCAAUAAGUAUGAAGGCUGGCCCGAGGCGCUGGAGAUGGAAGGCUGCAUCCCCAGGAGGACCAUGGCCAGCUAGCCAGCCGAGCGAGAGCACCAGGCUGAGGGAGGCUGCGUGUGCCCGGCCCAGGAGGUGGCAGUGGCGGCAGAAGCAGCAGUGGCGGCAGUGCAGGGCUGAGGCCCAACCCCAUACCCAGCCAGGAGCGCUCUCUUGCCCCAGCACAUUGGGGCUCCAAGGCAGUGACUGGUAAAUGGAGUGUGACCAGUGGUGGGGGCUGAAGGGGCCGGCCUCAUCACGAUCUGUCAGGGGAGCCCAGGUACCCUUCUCCUUCUUUUCCUAAGCUGCUCCCCCUGGCUAGCCCCUACCCAAUUCCCAAGUGCCCCCGUCCACAAGGACCCUGGGUGCUCACCCUGUCACCGCACAAGUCUGGUAGCAGCUGCCUGGUGAGUUGGGGCAUCUUCUAGAUCCUCUCAAUCCCAGUGCCACUCACUGCUCUGCAGGCUAAUCCUGUUUCCAUUGUGAUUCCUUCUGGUGAGCCACACCUGGCGGGCACUUCAGGGAACUGGCUGCCUCCUGCCUCACUCUCUGCAGGAAGGGGCUGCCUUGGAGCCAGGCCAGCCGGGCAGUAAGACAGCAAGCCUGAUCACAGUCCCCAGCACGGCAGGUGGCGGCUCGUGCAGUUUGUCAGAGGGCCCACCUUCUAGAUGAACUCUUAAUAAAUUGGUGGCCCUC